AUGUUCUCAUCACGAUCAAAUCUCUCCUCCCUCUCCAAACAAAACAUGGAAUUGGAAAAGAGAAGGAAGGAAGCUGUAUUUUUAGGUGCUUUGGAAAAUAGAAAACAAGUUAAACAAAUUUCAAUAGUAAAAAGUGUUGGAUCGGAAAUUGAUGUGUAUUAUUCAUCAAAUAAAUAUACAAAGGGAGAUUUGUACAAGAUUAGAGAGCCAAAACCACCUGCUCAACUCGAGGAUUCUUCAUCAAGUUUUAAGAGCCAUACAAUUUCAGACUUUUUAAAUCCGAACUUUGAUGAAUCACAGGAAUAUUCGGCAAGUUGUGUGAUUGAAGCUGAUUCGACAAUGGAUAUUUUACAAGGAGAUGAUGUGGAAUUUUUCUAUUUUGUAAAAUUAAAAGCCACCAAACCAGGCAAAAUGGUAAUUAGAUUUGGAGACAUGUUCAAUGUCGAAUUAAACAUUUAUGAAGAACAAUUGUAA